AUGGUGGCCAAAAGGUUCAUUUCUUUAUUGGCUUUCACACUUCUGUUUACUCUCUCUGUUUCUUCAGAUCCAGCCGGAGUUUCGCCGUCUCCUGCUCCACAAAGCGGUUCUGAUGAUCAACCUACAAUUCCAUCUCCAUCUCCAUCUCCUUCAGCCGGUUCUCCACCAGCACCUCCGCCGUCGUCAGAUCUGGCUCCCACUCCUACUUCCACUCCGCCACCCGCUACGUCUGCACCUCCAGCUAUAUCUCCGGCACCGGAAACGGCGGAUGAUAAUGAUCUGUCCUCUGCCAAUGUGAAAAGCGAGGAAUCGAAUAAAUCUUCGUCAGGAGGAAUGAGCGGCGGGAAGAAGGCCGGGAUUGCGAUCGGAGUAAUCGCUGCCGCUUGUGUUGUCGGAUUUGGAGGAUUGCUGUACAAGAAACGCCAACAGAACAUCCGGCGAGCAGAAUUCAGCUCCGCCGCAAGAAGAGAGUUCCUCUAA